AUGGAUCCGAAAAUCACAGAGGUUACACAAGCAUUCGAAAUAUUUAAAGCUGCGUUUGCGCGGAAUGAUUUUGACAGGUGUAAUGAACUCCUAUCCCAGCUCAAGGUUAUGCUGACAAAAUUUAAGAGUCUACCGCCGUUAUUCGAAGAAACGCCAAAUUCAAUCCAUGAAUUGACACUAGCAAGGGACAUAUAUGAGCAUGCAGUUGUUUUAAGUGUGAAGAUUGAGGAUCUGGAUGCUUUCGAGAGGGACUUUUUCCAACUGAAACCUUACUACACAGAUGCACAUGGCCGUCUUCCAGAGUCCCCUCAGGAGUAUCUGAUCUUGGGUCUCAAUCUUCUGAGACUCCUUGUGCAGAACAGAAUUGCUGAAUUCCAUACUGAGUUGGAAUUACUAUCUGCUGUUGCUUUGGAAAAUCCUUGCAUCAAGCAUGCUGUUGAGUUGGAACAGUCCUUCAUGGAGGGAGCUUAUAACCGUGUUUUGAGUGCUAGACAGACAGUACCUAAUGAAACCUAUGUUUAUUUCAUGGAUUUGCUGGCAAAGACUGUCAGGGACGAGAUAGCUGGAUGCAGCGAGAAGGCAUAUGACAGCCUUUCCAUAAAGGACGCGCAGCAAAUUCUGCUGUUUUCUUCAGAUCAUGAACUAGUUGAAUACAUUAAGAAGGAGCAUCCCGAGUGGGAGAUCGAGAAUGGGUUUGUAUUUUUCCAACGAGCCAAAGAAUCGGUGCCUUGCAAGGAAAUUCCAUCUUUGCAACUCAUCAAUCAGACACUCAGUUAUGCAAGGGAAUUGGAGCGCAUUGUGUGA